GUUAAGUUUCACUUCGGGCUCGUCGGUCGUGUCGCACUUUCUUCUUCUUCUUCUUCUUCCUCUUCUCUCUAAAGGUGUAACCUGGACCUGGACCUGAGUCCCGCUGUGUUUCCUCAAAGAGUGACCGCUCAAUGGAGCCUCAAUCUGCUGAUGGGGGGGUCCAGCAGCAGAGACCAGACUCUCCCAGCUGUCUGUCUUUCAAGAGCGACCAGUCGAUGGACGACAUCAUAAACUUCAAAGGACGACCUCCAUCUGCUGAUCAGAAGGUCCAGCAGCAGAGACCAGACUCUCCCAGCUGUCUGUCCCUAAAGAGCGACUCCUCGAAGGAAGACUUCAUAAACUUUAAAGGACGACCUCCAUCUGCUGAUCAGAAAGGGGACCAGGAGAGCUCGGAGGUUCCCGGUGGUCAGUCUGCCCAGCAGCAUCAGACACAGCUGGACUCCAUAUUUACGCUGCUGGAGGAACACAUCGUCACCUUUGUGAAGAGCGAGCUGAAGAAGUUCCAGAAGGCUCUGAGUUCAGAUUACCCAGAAUACUUAGAGAGUCAGAGUGAGGAUGAGGAGGUGUUGGAGGCUGAGGAUGAAGAGCAGAGGAGGAGCAGCAGAGAGGAAUUUCUGAACAUCACACUGCACUUCCUGAGGAGCAUGAAGCAGGAGGAGCUGGCUGACCGUCUGCAGAGCAGAACUCCUGCUGAAGUUUGUCAGCGUAAACUUAAGUCCACCCUGAAGGAGAGGUUCCAGUGUGUGUUUGAGGGCAUUGCUAAAGCAGGAAACCCAACCCUUCUGAACCAGAUCUACACAGAGCUCUACAUCAUAGAGGGGGGGUCUGCAGAGGUCAAUGAUCAACAUGAGGUCAGACAGCUUGAAACAGCCUCCAGGAAAUCAGACAGACCAGAAACAACCAUCAGACAAGAAGACCUCUUUAAAGCCUCACCUGGAAGAGAUGCACCAAUCAGAGCAGUGAUGACAAAGGGCGUGGCUGGCAUUGGGAAAACAGUCUUAACACAGAAGUUCACUCUGGACUGGGCUGAAGGCAAAGCCAACCAGGACAUCCAGUUCAUAUUUCCAUUCACCUUCAGAGAGCUGAAUGUGGUGAGAGAGAACAAGUUCAGCUUGGUGGAACUUGUUCAUCACUUCUUCUCUGAAACCAGAGACGCAGGAAUCUGCAGGUUUGAUCAGUUCCCGGUUGUGUUCAUCUUUGACGGUCUGGAUGAGUGUCGACUUCCUCUGGACUUCCACAACACUGAGAUCCUGACUGAUGUCACAGAGUCCACCUCAGUGGAUGUGCUGCUGACAAACCUCAUCAGGGGGAAGCUGCUUCCCUCUGCUCGCCUCUGGAUAACCACACGACCUGCAGCAGCCAAUCAGAUCCCUCCUGAGUGUGUGGACAUGGUGACAGAGGUCCGAGGGUUCACUGACCCACAGAAGGAGGAGUACUUCAGGAAGAGAUUCAGAGAUCAGGAGCAGGCUGGCACCAUCAUCUCCCACAUCAAGACCUCACGAAGCCUCCACAUCAUGUGCCACAUCCCAGUCUUCUGCUGGAUCUCUGCUACAGUUCUGGAGGAGGUGUUGAAAACCAGAGAGGGAGGAGAGCUGCCCAAGACCCUGACUGAGAUGUACAUCCACUUCCUGGUGGUUCAGUCCAAAGUGAAGAACGUCAAGUAUGAUGGAGGAGCUGAGACAGAUCCACACUGGAGUCCAGAGAGCAGGAAGAUGAUGGAGUCUCUGGGGAAACUGGCUUUUGAGCAGCUGCUGAAAGGCAACCUGAUCUUCUAUGAGUCCGACCUGACAGAGUGUGGCAUCGAUAUCAGAGCAUCCUCAGUGUACUCAGGAGUGUUCACACAGGUCUUUAGAGAGGAGAGAGGACUGUACCAGGACAAGGUGUUCUGCUUCAUCCAUCUGAGCGUUCAGGAGUUUCUGGCUGCUCUUCAUGUCCACCUGACCUUCAUUAACUCUGGAGUCAACCUGCUGGCAGAAGAACCAACAACCUCCCAGAAGUCUGAAGUCAAACCUGAACUAACACAUCUCUACCAGAGUGCUGUGGACCAGGCCUUACAGAGUCCAAACGGACACCUGGACUUGUUCCUGCGCUUCCUCCUGGGUCUUUCACUGCAGAGCAAUCAGAAACUCCUACGAGGCCUGCUGACACAGACAGGAAGUAGCUCAGGGACCAACCAGGAAACAGUCCAGUACAUCAAGAAGAAGAUAGAUGAGGAUCUGUCUGCAGAGAGAAGCAUCAACCUGUUCCACUGUCUGAAUGAACUGAAUGAUCGUUCUCUAGUGGAGCAGAUCCAACAGUCCCUGAGUUCAGGAAGUCUCUCCACAGAUAAUCUGUCUCCUGCUCUGUGGUCAGCUCUGGUCUUCAUCUUACUGUCAUCAGGAGAAGAUCUGGACGUGUUUGACCUGCAUAAAUACUUUGCUUCAGAGGAGGCUCUUCUGAGGCUGCUGCCAGUGGUCAAAGCCUCCAACAAAGCUCUGCUGAGUGGCUGUAACCUGUCAGAGAGAAGCUGUGAAGCUCUGUCCUCAGUCCUCAGCUCCCAGUCCGCUAGUCUGAUAGAGCUGGACCUGAGUAACAACGACCUGCAGGAUUCAGGAGUGAAGCUGCUGUCUGCUGGACUGGAGAGUCCACACUGUGAACUGAAGACUCUCAGGCUGUCAGGCUGUCUGAUCACAGAGGAAGGCGGUGAUGCUCUGGCCUCAGCUUUAAACCGCUCCCAUCUGAGAGAGCUGGACCUGAGCUACAAUCAUCCAGGAGACUCAGGGGGGAGGCUGCUGUCUGCUGGACUGGACACACUCAGCCUGGAGCCUGCUGCAGUCCGGUUCUUGAGGCCAGGUCUCAGGAAGUAUUCCUGUGGACUCACACUGGACUCAAACACAGCACACAGAAUCCUCAUACUGUCUGACAACAACGGGAAGGUGACAUGGGCGAGAGAGGAGCAGAACUAUCCUGAUCAUCCAGAGAGGUUUGAUGACUGGCCUCAGCUGAUGUGUAGAGAAGCUCUGACUGGUCGCUGUUACUGGGAGGUCUGGUGGAGAGGAGAUGUUACUAUAUCAGUGACUUACAGAGGAAUCAGGAGGAAAGGAGACAGUAAAGAAUGUGUGCUUGGAGGGAAUGAUCAGUCCUGGAGUCUGGACUGCUCUGGUGAUAGUCACUCUGUCUGGCACAAUAACAGAGAGACACACAUCUCCUCCUCCUCCUCCUCCUCCUCCUCCUCCUUCUCCCCCUUCUUCGUCUCCUCCCUC